AUGCAGGGACUCGUUGUAUUCACCGCUCUCCUGGCCUGCGCCGCCGCCGCCCCUGGCCUGCUAGUGGCCCACCAACCCGUAGUGGCCGCAGUCCACUCUGCCCCAGUAGUCCACGCAGCAGUGCCAGUCGUGGCCUCCAAAACCACCAUCACCAAGAGCAGCCAGCUUGUCAACCACGGAUCCCCAGUUGUCCACUCCGUACAUACUCCCAUCGUAGCUGCUGUCCCAGUAGUUCACUCUGCCCCGAUAGUUCAUGCCGCCCCCAUCGUUCACGCCGCCCCAGUAGUUCACACCGCCCCAGUCGUCGUCAAGACUGUCCCAUCUGCGAUCGCGCACAGCAGCUCUCUAGUUCAUCACUCCCCCAUCAAAACCAUCCCCAUUGUUUCAGUCCAUUAG